AUUCGACACGUGAACAUACGCUUUGAACGAACCCUUUCCACUCGGUCAUUUUACCUUUUACCUUUGACCAACGACCAUGAACGUCCUCCGAACCAGCACGAAGCGCCUUGGCGCCAACGUCCGCCUCGCCUCGCGCCGGUUCACGACCGAGGCGGCGCCCGAGAUGCCAAAGCCCAAUGCCAAGUUGAGCUAUGACGAAAAGUGGCAACGGCACUCGAAGAAGUAUAUUUUCGGCACGUUCAUCGCGGCGUACGUCCUCGGGUCCAUGGUCUCCCGCGGCUCGUCCUGCGACUCGAAGCGCGAGCUCCGCCACCGCAUGCGCGAGAUGCGCACCGAGAACGAACACCUCGCGGCCCGCGUCGAUGGGCUCCAGCGCGCGCUCGACGAGCAGCGGCGGUACCAAGGCGCGUACCAAGCCCCGGCCACGUCUGCGGUCGAGCCGUAUCGCAAGUAGUAUGCACAUAGUAAAUGGAAUACAUAUCGUAAGACGGCUGUGAAUAAGUCCUCGUAGUCGGAGGAAUCGUACACUAAUAGCGCUGGUUGACAUCGAA